AUGAACAAACAGCACCAAGUUCUGCGCAAUUGCCAGAUUCCAGCGGAGAAGAAGCACAAGAUUCUGAGGAAAGCUCAGAUCCCAGCGAAGCAGCAGAAGAUUCUGAGGAAAACACCGAAUCCAGGGAGCCUGGUACCACCAACUCCUGCGAAUACACCGGCUUCCAGUGUAGGAGAAACCGCAGGGGAAAAGAAUUUUGAUUUCGAGGAUGUAAGAGCAGCACUUGCUGAGACUAUUCCGGGUUUCGUUGGACAACAAGCACAAGUAAACCCAUUGAGAAUCAACUUCAAUGCGUCCGGUUCCGGUGAAGCAAGUGUAGCAGAAGCACCAAAGCUUAUGCCAAAUCCACCUUCUUGGAUAGAGGAUUCCGAUGAAGAAGGAUUUCAGGGUCAACGAGAAGCAGCAAAUCCCAAUGAACAAGAAACAGAUUCCAGUGACUCCGGUGAACCAGAAGUACAGUCCGCUGCACCACCGGAGGUGAUUAUUAUGACUCCAGCUGAUUGGAAAAAGGCUCUUUCUGAUCAAGCAAAGGCAGAAGAAGAAGAAGAAGAAAAAGACAAUCCGAAGGAAGUUGUUCCAGAGUUAAUUCAUAACACUAACCUUCAACAAGCAGAGCUUAAAGAACGGGCGGUUGCGCAUCCAUCCUUGAUCGGUGGCUCUAGCAUGAACCCUGAUCCUCCCGCAGCCGUGCGGGAACCUGAUUCGCAGCCGAGUGAAAGUGCCGCCGAGAAUGUGGAGCUGGGGAAAAGAAAGAUCGAUGCGAAGGGCAAGGGGAAACUGGAAGAGAACCAAGAAGAUGGAGGAGAAGAAGAGGAAGCUGCAAGUCCGAGAUCGAAGAUACCUAAAAAAUCUCAAGAUGAGAGGCUGGCAAUUGGGGAUCCGUCUUUGCAAGCUCGCUCUAACAAGAACCCUGUUCUUCCUCCUGCCACCCCCGUGACAAAACCCGAUUUGAAGCCGAGUGAAAGCGCCACCGAGGGGAAAAGAAAGAUCGGAGAGAAGGGCAAGGGGAGCAAAGGGGAAGAAAGAACGAAGAAGAUGAAGCUGCAAGUCCAAAUUCGAAGAAAUUGA